AAGACCAUGUGGGCUUCCGGAAUCGUGAAAUGAUAAAUCACCCCCCAACAAUGAGACACAUUUAUAAGGUCUUGGCAUCACAAUAUGACCCCCUGGGGUUUAUCAUCCCCUUUACCACACGGGCCAAGAUUCUUGUCCAGAAGCUCUGGGCCAAACCAAGGAAUUGGGAUGAUCCAAACCUUCCCACAGACUUGCUAGAGAAAUGGAAUAGGUGGGAGGAGGAGUUGCCCGACCUCAGCAAGAUCAAGCUUCCCAGAUGCUACAUCCCUUCCAACUUUGAUGUGGAGACAUCAAAAUUUAAUUUGCAUGUGUUCGGUGAUGCAUCGGAAGUGGCCUAUGGAUCGGUGGCUUACCUCCUUAUUGAGCAGCAUGGGAAGAUCCACACCUCCUUUGUUAUGGCCCGCUCUAGGGUAGCCCCCAAACGGCAGCUGUCAAUGCCACGUCUCGAACUUUGCGCGGCUCUGACCAGUGCCCAGCUUGCCAAUUUCCUCAGUCAGGAACUGACCAUCGCCAUAGAGAAGGUGACAUUAUGGACUGACUCUACUACUGUCCUGACAUGGAUACAGUCAGAGUCUUGUAAAUAUAAAGUUUUUGUUGGGACAAGAGUGGCGGAAAUCCAAGAGUUGACCGAGCUUCACUCAUGGAGGUAUGUAGAUUCCUCCAAUAACCCGGCGGAUGAUAUCACCAGAGGGAGGAAACUUACAGAGCUGGCAAACCCAGGUAGAUGGAGUCAGGGUCCAAAAUUCCUUUGUGAACCACCAGAUCACUGGCCAGUCACGCCCUUGUUAGAGGCCCAAGAUGACAUAUCAGAGAAAAGGAAAGCUGUCUUCUGUGGUCUGGUUGGGAAUGGGGAUCAAAGUUCUGGGAUUCCUGAUGCAUCCCAGUAUACUUCCUGGAGAGACUUGGUAAAUGCUACUUACCAGUUUCUUCACGGGGCAGCUACCCAAACCAUGAGCACACAACACCCUGACUACCAGAGUGCGGAAGUACUCAUAUUGAGUCAAUGUCAGGAGGAGACCUUCCCAGAGGAGCUUAGAGCCCUGAAGUCAGCGAAACCUGUGCCUGUUUCCAGUCGUCUGAACACACUUGCACCAGAGUUGGAUUCCACACUGAGAUUGAUCCGUGUGGGAGGAAGACUGCGGAAACUGGAUGACUUAAGUCAAAUUGAGAUCCACCCAGUGGUUUUAGACCCGCACCAUAAAGUAACUAAACUUCUUAUAAAGCACUUUGAUGAACGCCUUCUCCACCCAGGACCUGACAGGGUUUUCGCCGAACUCCGUCGCCACUACUGGAUCCUGAGAGGCAGACAAGCGGUAAGGCAACAUCAGAGAGAGUGUGUAGAAUGCCAAAAGUGGAGAGCCAAGCCGACUGUGCCUAUCAUGGCUGACUUACCUUUAGCUCGUCUGCGACUAUACCAACCGCCUUUUUUCUCAACUGGAGUUGACUGCUUUGGGCCCUUCAUUGUGAAGAUUGGCCGUCGCACUGAAAAACGAUGGGGAGUCAUCUUCAAGUGCUUGACGACCAGAUGCAUUCACCUUGACCUCCUCAAUAGCAUUGAUACCGAUGCAUUUUUGUUGGCACUUAGACGGUUUAUAGCUCGCAGAGGAACCCCAUCCGAAAUUUUCUCGGAUCAGGGGACCAAUUUCCGAGGAGCUGCAACUGAAUUACGGGAAGCCUUCAAAGUAAUGGAACCCAAACUGCAAGAGUUGUUGGCUAACUAUCAGAUCAACUUUAGGAUGAAUCCUCCCGCCGCACCACACUUCGGAGGUGCAUGGGAAAGGGAGAUCAGAUCAGUAAAGUCUGCCCUGCAGGUAGUUGUUGGUAGCCAGUCGGUUCCAGAGGAAGUACUACGCACAGUACUGAUCGAAGUCGAGGGCAUCCUUAACAGCAAGCCAUUGGGAUAUGUCUCAUCCGAUGUGGCAGACAUAGACCCGGUUACCCCUAACAUGCUGCUCAUGGGGCGGCGAGACGCCUCACUCCCCCAGGUAAUCUACACUCCUGAACCGCUAUCCAAGCGUCGCUGGCGUCACUCUCAAACCAUUGUGGAUCACUUCUGGUCAUACUACACCCGGCAUUACCUCCCAAGCCUUCAGACUCGCCAGAAGUGGCAGCGAGAAACCCAAGAUUUAACUGAGAAUAUGGUAGUGAUGAUUAUGGAUCCGCAGCUUCCCAGAGCCCAUUGGCCAACUGGUCAGGUAGUCAAGUUGAUACCCAGUGCUGAUGGACACAUUAGGUCAGCUCAAAUCAAGGUCAGUGAUCGCUUAUACAUACGACCUGUGGCCAAACUCGUCAGACUUCCAGCACUUCCGGAUGGAGGUGACGCUGACCCCAAGGACUAGGGAAUUUAUUCUCACACAUAUUAGCUAUGCUAAUCUGGGGGCGGCUGUUCUAAAUUCCCUGUAAGAGUAUACGGGAAGGACUUUUGUCAUGAAACAUCUUAUAGUGUAUUUCCACUGGGCGGCGCUAGUUUCCGCUAUUCCGCUAUUGUGUUUUUACUUUCACUUUUGCCAGCCGUUUGCUCCGCCAUUUCUUCAGGUGUUAAUGUGCGUGAUUGAAUAAAGACCACAUUUAAUACCUUGCACAUAACUGAAUGAUGCCAAAUAUGCAAACAAAUAUAAAGAGUUGAACUGUU